GCCAAGAUUUUAGUUUCAUUUUCAGUCGCGCUAGAACUUUCUGCUUGCUGGGAUUGCGUUCCUGCGCAGAGCUCAGAGUGGAGCCGGUUUUCUUCUCCCCAAAGGCGCACACCACUCUCAGCCAGGCUGCCCAUUGAAUCUCUCUUCUCUUCAGCAUCCAGUCCUGUGGAAUCACUGAAUCCCAAGCAUGGACAUGCAGAAUCCUGGUUCAUCUAUGGUGAGAGAAUCAUUUUACCCAGACUUGGUCAUCAAUGUUGGAAAGAUGACCAUUAGUCAAAAUUGCAGCCAAAUACCUAAAACGCAGAAGCAGGAAGAAAAAAACAACGUUGCCCAGGCUGCAUGUGCUUUAUUAAACUCAGGAGGAGGAGUGAUUCGCGUGGAGAUGGAUGACAAGCAUGGCCAGCCUGGGGAACUGAGACAGGAUUUUCAAGAGUCUUGGAGAGACCUUAUUCAGUCUCCAGAUUUGCAGACUUUCUUUGAGACCAAGCAACAGGGGAAGUACUUUCACAUUUUUGUAAAAUCGUGGAGCCAGAAACCUUUCCCUGGAGACAGCUCCCCCAACCCCCGCCUCUGCAGCCUGGAAACUUAUCUGUACUGUAGAUCUGGCACCUCCGUGUCAACCAUGAGCUCAACACAGGCCUUCAGGUUCCUGAAGUCCAAGAAACAACAAAGUGUGCAGCGUCAUCCAGUUCAUGAAGGGGGUCCACCUUGUAAAACACCCAAAGUUGAAUGGCACAGCAGCCCUGCCUCUGAUCCCGCUUCCCACAUUUUCCAAAGCAGCAGUCUUGAAUAUGGUGAAAUCUUGCCUUUUUCUGAGUCCCAGUUUGUAGAGUUCAAACAAUUCAGCACAGAUUGCAUCAAAAAAUAUGUGAAAGACACCAUUCCAAAGUACGUCUCUGCGUUUGCGAACAGUGAAGGGGGCUAUCUUUUCAUUGGAGUGCAAGAUAAAACUAACAAAGUCAUUGGAUGUGAAAAAGAAAAGGUUGACUCUGACUCUCUAAAAAAUGUUAUAUCCACAGCAUUUACCAAUUUGCCCAUUGUCCAUUUCUGCUCUUCCCAAGCAACAGUGAGCUAUAGUUCCAAAUUCAUAAAUGUGAUUCGCAACGGAGAAUUGUAUGGUUACUUAUGUGCAAUCAAAGUGGAACCAUUCUGCUGUGCAGUGUUCUCCACAGCACCCAGGUCGUGGCAGGUGAAAGAGACAAAGGUGUCCAGGCUGACUGCUGAGGAGUGGGUGCGCAUGAUGGUGGGCCCAGACCCAAUAACAGAGCUGAGCGAAGCUUUUGAAUCCCAGCUGAGUGUGUCCCAUGGGCCUCCACUCUGCAGGCCAGUGUAUUCUAAGAAAGGUCUGGAACACAAAGAAGAUCUCCAACGAAAUUUAUUUCCAGUGCCAGAAGGACGCUUGGAAUAUUCUCCCCGCUCCCUCUGGAAUGACCUGUCCUCAGAGCAUAAAGAACUGAAGGAGCUAAUACGUGAGCAAAUGCGCCCUUUCUCCCGAGGAAUUCUGAUCCUUUCUAGAAGCUGGGCGGUGGACCUGCACUUACCUGCCAACUCAAACGUCAUCUGUGAUGCUCUGCUGAUAGCACAGAACAGCCCCCCAGUUCUGCAUACCAUUCUCAAAGAGCAGGAUGCAAAAGGGCAGGAGUACUGCACCCACACCGCCUUGACUUUGAAGCAGCAGCUGGUGAACAUGGGGGGCUACACCGGGAAGGUGUGCGUCAUGACCAAGGUCCUUUGCCUGUGUCCUCAGAACCAGGGCGAGUUGCUGCAGGGGUCAUGCCCUCCGAUAGAACACCCGCUGUCCUACAGUCUUACAGACUCCCAGGACAUGGAAGCCCUGCUGCAGGCCCUCGUGGUGGUCCUCCUCGGCUUCAGAUCUUUCCUAAGCGAUCAGCUAGGCUGUGAGAUUCUACAUCUGCUCACCACCCAACAGUAUGAGAUACUCUCGAAAAACCUGCGCAAGAGCAGAAAAUUGUUUGUGCACGGCUUGCCUGGCACAGGGAAGACGGUCAUGGCUGUGAUGAUCAUGGAGAAGCUCAGGAAUAUGUUUCAUUGCGAGACAGACAGAAUUCUCUAUGUUUGUGAGAACCAGCCUCUGAGGGAUUUUAUCGGGGGGAAAAAGAUCUGCAAGGCAGUGACACGGAAAACAUUCAUGAAAGAGGACUUUAAAAAUAUUCAACAUAUCAUCAUUGAUGAAGCUCAGAACUUCCGCACUGAAGAUGGACCCUGGUAUGAGAAGGCAAAAGCCAUCACUCAGACAAAAAAUGGUCACCCUGGAAUUCUAUGGAUCUUUCUGGACUAUUUUCAGAUCAGCCACUUGAGCACAACUGGGCUUCCCCCUUUCUAUCGGCAAUAUCCAAAAGAAGAACUCACUCGAGUGGUGCGUAAUGCGGAUGAAAUAGCCAAGUACCUCCAGAAACUAAUGCAGCACAUCGAAGGAAAUCCUCCAUGUAACUUCCCCACAGAGUACCUAGAGCUCCUUCCUGCAGUUGAAUGGGUUCCAGGUGUUCAAGGAACUUUGAUAAUCAAGAAAAACUUGACUGUGGAUGAAACAGUGACCUACGUGGCAGACACCUGCAACACUCUAUUUGCAAAGGGCUACUCUCCCAAAGAUGUUGCUAUGCUUGUGAGCACCCACGAUGAAGUGAAUUGUUAUGAGCAAAAUAUCUCAAGAAAAAUGAGGAAGAAAAUGUGGGUGACGAUUAAGACUGCAGAUGAUACCUCAGGGAAUAGCAUUGUGCUGGACAGCGUGCGGAGGUUCUCGGGCCUGGAGAGGAACAUCGUGUUUGGAAUCCACCCAAAGACAGCUGAUGACACCAUCUUAAACAAUUUUCUGGCCUGUCUGGCUUCCAGAGCCAGACAGCAGCUCUAUAUACUAUGGCCUCAUUAGUAUUAGGAAGAAUCACAAUCAAAAACAGGAGAUGAUUCCUAUGGUAAUGUCAGAGAAAUUCUGAUUGAUACCUGCAAGAGCUUUUUCUCUUUUUUUCUUAAUUUUUGAAUUUUUGAAAUGAUGUAUUUUUUAAAUUUUAUUUUUGAUUUUAUGAUGCAAUCCUGUAGGCUGUGCGAUCUCCCUAGCCUCUCCCCAAACUCCCUCCUCCAACUGAUUUCCCCCAUAUUAUUACAAUAGCAUAGCCCUUCGAAAGCAGUCAUAAGUC